AUGUCAAGCAAUGAUGAAAUAGCCCAUGCUAUUGCUGGUGCUGGUGGUGGUGCCUUAUCUAUGAUAGUCACCUAUCCUUUAGUUACUUUAUCCACAUUAGCUCAAACUGCAGCAAAGAAAAAGGAAGAGAAACAAAAGGAUGAACAAGAAUUGAAAGCUACAAUUAGUCCAACCACUCAAGCAAAGAUUCUUAAUGCUUUAAGGAAUAAUCCAUCUUGGUUAGCAACUAAAGAAAUUAUUCGUGAAAAGGGUAUUACUGGUUUAUAUGCUGGUUUAGAAAGUGCAUUAUAUGGUAUCACUUUAACUAAUUUCAUUUAUUAUUACUUUUAUGAAUUCACAGCUAAUUUAUUUUUAAAAUCUAAAAAAUCACACCAAAGAGGUUUGACUACUUUUGAAUCGAUUAUCACUGGUGCCAUUGCAGGUGCAGUUACUUGUGUUGGUUCAAAUCCAUUCUGGGUCGCUAAUACUAGAAUGAUGACUGAAAAAAAGAAGAAAGGUGAAGGAAAAACUUCUUCUUCCACUUUUAAAGCUCUUCUUGAUAUUAUUGAAAAAGAUGGUGUUGGGACUUUAUUUGCUGGUGUUUUACCUGCAUUAAUUUUGGUUAUUAAUCCAAUUAUUCAAUAUACUAUCUUUGAACAAAUCAAAAAUGUUAUCAUUGCCAAAAAUGGUCCUAAAUCAUUUACUUCAAAGAAAGCCUUUCUCAUUGGUGCUUUUGGUAAAUUAAUUGCUACUUCUUUAACUUAUCCAUAUAUUACCUUAAAGGCUAGAAUGCAUAUUAAAAAGAAGGCAACUAAAUCUGAAGAUGAAAAAUUAUCUAUGAUUCAACAAAUUAGAAAGAUUAUCAGAGAAGAAGGGUUAGAAGGGUUAUAUGGUGGAUUAUUGGUUAAAUUAGUUCAAUCCAUUUCUACUGCCGCUUUCUUGUUUUAUUUCAAGGAAGAAUUAUUGGUUGGUAGUGUGAAAUUAGUUGAAAUCUUAAGAAUGAUAAACAUUAAGAAAGCUAAUCCAGCUUUGAUUGGAAGAGCUUAG